GGAUGGGGAACCCAAUCUUUUUGGGUAGAAAGACAAUGGCGAGUAUUUAAAGGAAACUUAUGAGUGAUUCCCUCCUCUCUCUUCCAUAUCCCAGUUUCCUUCUUUUACACAUAUUAACAAGGAUGGGUCAAGCGCAUACACAAAAGGGGUACAAGCCCAUUUCGCAAGGGUCGUCGAGUGCCAAGCGGUACUUUGUCUUGUCGAUUACUUUUAUUGCUGGAAUCUUGUUGGGGAGUCAGGCACUGAAAUUGGAAAAGAUCCAAACACUGUUCCCAUCCACUGCGGGUACAGUGGAAACAGCCGCACCCGCGGUCGAAGCCUGGAAAACCCGUCGGUUCUACCCCGAAGAUUUCGAAACAUGGUUCGGCCUCCGACACACUCACAACCUUAUUAUCCCCGAUUCUCUCAAACCGUACAUUGAAUCCCACGACUUGACAAAAGACGAGUACUACGUCGCCGAAAAGGAAUUAUACGAUAAUUAUGCCCGUGUGUUUGGACCUAUUCUGGAUAAGUUUAUUACCAACGAUAGACGGUUUUACGUUCAAUGGACGGGGGAAGCUAAAAAGUUUGGAGUGUUUACCGAUGCGUAUAUCCCUCCCUAUGCGUUCAUUACCGAGUAUUCUGGCAUGCUGGUGAAUUCGUCGCGAUCAACGGAUUACGAAUGGCAUUAUUACAGUCGGAUUCGUGAUGAGAAUGGGAAUAUCAUGGCCUUGGGUGUUGAUUCCCAAUUUAUCGGCAACAUUGCGAGAUUUGUAAACCAUGAUGAUGAUCCCAACUGUGAUGUUGUUUACGUUCCGUGGAAUAAUCUGUGGAGACCGAUCUACGUGUCGAUCAAGCCUCUGUACCCAGGAGAAGAGUUGACUGUGUCGUAUGGGCAAAACUAUUGGGCGUCGAGAAAGAAGGCUGAGGGGACUGGCCAACCCGUGAACACCAACACGAACACGAGCAAGAAAUGAAGCAAUGCAUAUCGUGAGCUAAGGGUAGAGGAAUCGGGUUGACAUUGUACAUGAGCAAAGAUGGUGAAUGCGAUAUUUUAUUGAUUCGGAGCGGACAAAGGAAUAUUUGUAUCUCUGUACGUGUGUGUGUGUAUUUAGUUGAGGGGGAGACUGGAGGGUAUUGUUGCCCUUUUUUUUUUUUUUACAAAAACAUGAUGUACAUAUUUCAAGAAUAACAAGAACGCACUCUCCAUUCCA